AUGGCUCAAAAAGCUCAAAAGCAUGCAGGAGUCGCGAACUGUCCAACACGGUCGAGAUGCUCCACUGUGGCAAUUAAGAUGAGCACGCCCGCCAACCUCUUUCCAGGUCUGAACGACAUUGUGGAUGUGAUCGAGGAGUUUCCACUGGAGGUGGCGCGCUACAUGACGCUGCUGCGCGAGAUAGACGCCAAGUGCGUGCACACGGUGCCGGAGCUUAACGCGCAGAUAGGGCGCUUCCUGGCUGGCUCGCGGCAGCCGGGAAGCCCGCAGCUGCAGACCAUCAACCGGCUCUUCCAGGACCUGAUGCCGUCGCUGGAGGAGAAGAUGCACGUCUCGUCCAUUGCGUUCGAGACGCUCGACCGGCUCGUCGCGCGCGUCGAGCUCGCGUACGAGGUCGCGCUCAAGAACCAGGAGAUCCCCGACAAGCUGCGCCUGGGCAACGACAACCACCCUGCCAUGCACCUGCACCACGAGCUUAUGAAGAAGAUCGAGUCCAAGCAGCAGAGCAAGUCGCAGCAGGCGCUGCGCUCCGAGUCCCGCCGCGAGGCGAUGGCGGCCAAGAAAAUGCACGUGGACCCGCCGGCGCCGGCGCCUGCCUCCUACGCCCCGCUCCCGCUGCCCCCGGCCGCCCUGGCCGCCAAGCGCCGCGCAGACCUUCCCCCGCCCGCGCGCAAGCGCAAGAAGCCCAGGGACGACUACUCCGCCCGCCCCAAGACCAACGAGUACGGCGAGGCCCUCUACUGCUACUGCAACCAGGUCGCCUACGGCGAGAUGGUCGGCUGCGACGGCGAAAACUGCCAGCUCGAAUGGUUCCACCUCCCCUGCAUCAACCUCGAGACCCUACCGAAGGGGAAAUGGUACUGCGAUGACUGCAAGAGAUAG